GCGUCGACACUCGUCGUCAGUAGUACUCAGUAUCGUAUCGUCGGCCGUACCGUUUGCGUGUUUGUGCUUGUGCUUCACAUUCGCGCGUUCGUCUGCCGUCGUAUCGUCGUCGUCUGUUUUUUAGUUGAUUAUUGUUUUGUUUCCGUAAAAAUUCGUCACCCGAUAAAUUAAAAAAUUACGCUCGUUUCUUCGCAACGUGAUAAAUUAUCUGUCGGUUCGAUUAGUUUUUGCUCGCACCCCGCACAACCACAUUCGCUCGGACGACAAAAACGCGCCCGCACGACAUCGUCUUUUCCAAAUUUCGGGAAACACUAUGCUCCGGCCGUGGGCCAACGCCGCAGCCGCGCACGACCGACGUGACCACGUCGCGGCCGCUGCCGUGCCGAAGUGCUGUUAACGACACCCGCGCGGCGUUACGCGUGCAGUGAUCCCGUCCACGGCGGACACGCUCAGGGGAUAAUCGGCCGAGGAGUAUACCUCCCGGGCCCGGCGUGUCUAGUCGUCCGCAGCCGUCGUCUCGACGAGAGCACUUUUAUCGCGCCGACCGCGGCACAAUAUCGGCCGACCUGCCGACCUACCGACCGACCAACGCCGUCGCGCCACCGCAGUACCCAUAACCAUGGUUCUGUUCGACAACCUGUUCGGGUUCCCGGGGUUACCGGGUUGCCUGCGAUUCUUUUCGCCACCGUCCGCGGCCGCCGGGCGCCGGCCCACGUCUGCGACUAUGCGCGGCGUGUCGUGCACCAAGAUCACGUCGUGCCUCACGCUGGUCCUGCUCAUAUGCUUCGAGACGGUCCUGCUGUCCACCGUCAGCGAUUGCACCAAGUCAUUCACCGUUCACUGGAACACGUCGAAUUCAAUAUUCCGGAUAGACAACACGGACCACAUAAUCGACGUGAACAAAGGAAACCAGCCUUUCGAAUACGACCAAGUGAACAUCGUGUGUCCCGUGUACGCGCCUGGCACGCACGAGUCGGACGCCGAAAAGUACAUCAUCUACAACGUGUCCAAGGAGGAAUACGAUAUGUGCCGAAUCACUAAUCCCAAUCCGAGGAUCAUAGCGUACUGCGACAAGCCGUACAAACUUAUGUACGUCACCAUAACGUUCCGGUCGUUCACGCCUCAGCCCGGCGGACUCGAAUUUCAGCCGGGACAAGACUACUAUUUCAUUUGUGAGUAUAAACUGCUAU